AUGACAGGCAGGGAUGAAGAAUUGGCUUCUCGAUUGGAACGCCGACGGCAAAUUAGUGUGGACGCAAGUGUGCAUCGCACCCUCUCCCGAGGUGGAUGUGGCAGCUGCGCCAAUGUCAUUUACGAAGAUGGUUGGUAUACGACGAGAAAAGUGUCAGGUGAAUGCCCGGUUGUAGUGAUUGGUAAGGAGUUGGGCUACGGUGGAACACUUCAACGAGUAGACGCGCAGGAGUGGACGUGGAGAAGGCAAUUGGAAGUGGGUGGAGCAGAGGUUGAGGCCGGUUCCGAAGCCGUGUUCGCAUGA